GGGAUGAACAAAGCCUAAUUCCACCCUCGGAUGAACCUCCUUUAGAUGGAAUUCGCAAAGACCUAGGGCAACAAUUGCCUGCUUGUACCUUAUCGCAUGUUAACGAUCUUCCGCUUCUUUUUGUCGAGCUCGAUGAAUUACAUUACAGAGAUCCAUCUGGCCUGGGUGGUGAUUUUGGUUCUCCAGUUCCCGGGAUUAAUAGAACUGUCAGUUCAGCAACAGCCACAAAUUUUGGUGGAACUUGUAGACGUCCAAGCACUGGAUUGCUACAGCAUGCCCUCUCUAUUGGUGAUUCCACAGUAUCCAUCCCAACGGCUGCACACUUGGCUUCAGCUCAUACUAACCAUGAUAGUAUUUCGCCUGCCGAUCAGGAUCCCAAACAAACUGAUGCUCUGGCUGCAGCUGCAGCAGCAGCGGCUCAGUAUGAUGCCGGAGUGUAUUGGCAACAGGUUGCUAGGUGGGUAAAAUACGAAGAGGACUAUACUCCUGUUGAGAAGCGUUUCAGCGAAGCACAUGUCUCACCGCUCCGAUUUCACACUAUCCUUGAAUUUCAAAAGCAACUUAAAAAUCUCAUAAUCCUCGAUUCUUAUGUUGAUUCUACAUAUGGCGUGAUGGAGGGCAUUGCAAAAAUUGUCAGUGAAAGCGAUAUUCUUUCUCCAGGUGUUACAGAAGAGGCAUUUACUCACCUUCUACUGGCAGAGCGCUUCCACCCAGGCGUUAAGAGCCCCAAUCGAUUUACGAAUAUCCUUCUUAGGGAAGAGGAAGAAAGUAAGUAUAUAGCUAAUUACGGAAGCCUCUUGUGA